CAUGGCGGCUGUGAAAGUGACACCGCCUCUAUCUUGGUUACGGAAUACGUGACGUCACCAUCGGCGCGGAAGUAGACACGUGGGGAGAGCGAAGAGAGGCGAAGGAAAUAAAGAUAGACGGAUAAGUAACUCCCAGAAAUAGAUUGUGACACAGUGUAGACCAAUGGCAACCCGCGCCUCUUUUGAAAACAACAAUGAAAUUGGCUGCUUUGCCAAACUUACUAACACCUACUGCCUAGUGGCCAUUGGUGGGUCAGAAAACUUUUACAGCGUCUUUGAAGGGGAGCUGUCAGAAACCAUCCCUGUAGUACAUGCCUCCAUAGCAGGGUGCCGGAUUAUUGGAAGACUGUGUAUAGGGAACAGACAUGGCUUGCUUGUGCCAAACAACACAACAGACCAAGAGCUGCAGCACAUCCGAAACAGCUUACCAGACACUGUCCAGAUCCAGAGGGUGGAAGAACGCCUGUCUGCGCUAGGGAAUGUCAUUGCUUGUAAUGAUUAUGUAGCUCUGGUCCACCCUGACCUUGAUAGGGAAACGGAGGAAAUUUUAGCGGAUGUCUUAAAAGUUGAAGUGUUUCGACAGACUGUGGCUGAUCAGGUUCUUGUUGGCAGUUACUGUGCUUUCAGUAACCGAGGAGGCCUUGUACACCCAAAGACCUCCAUUGAGGACCAGGAUGAACUGUCCUCUCUGCUUCAAGUGCCCCUUGUGUCAGGAACUGUAAACCGAGGCAGUGAUGUGAUUGCAGCAGGGAUGGUGGUGAAUGACUGGUGUGCUUUCUGUGGCCUGGAUACAACAAGUACUGAAUUGUCGGUAAUUGAAAGUGUUUUCAGGCUGAACGAAGCACAGCUCAGCACCAUUGCUACCAGCAUGAGAGACUCACUCAUCGACAGCCUCACAUAAGUUGCAGAUAUCCAUCUGAGCAGUGUAUUUCAGCUCCAUCCUUCUGAGCGAUCUUCGAUUCAUGCAUCACUGCUCUUUGUUAUUGGGAGGCCCUGCCUAGAUGUGGUGAGAGACAGUGGUGGUGUCAUCUGGGUCUCUCUUCUACUUUAUUUAUCCAAAUCCAAACAUCUCUUCUGCCUUCAAAUGCUGAGUGACCUGAUAUGAUUAAGGAAAGCGCUUGGGUGAUUUAUGACCUUGUCUGCUUUUAAAACCUGCAUUUGAUUUCUAAGAGGCUCUGCCUCCUUGGUCAGUCAGGUCUCAUUGUGUUAUAAGACCAUACGGUUCCUGCCUACAACUGUGGCAUCUGUAUGCUUAAGGAAUUGUGUUUUCAUAAUUAAAUAAAAAGCAUAUAAACAUUUUUAUUCAUAUAUAUA